CCCCGCGGCGGCGCGGACCCCCGUCCCGGCCCCACGUACCUCCCCCGGCCCGUCCCGCUCCCGGGGCAGCGGCCAAGAUGGCGGCGAGGCCCGGCAGCGCGCGGGGCCGCCCCCCGGCGGAGGCGCGGGCGGCCGGGGCGCUGCCUGCGCUGAGCGGCGGGUAACGGGCGCCUGCCCGCCCCCGGCCCCGCCGCGGCUCCCGGCCGCCCACCGGCAACCGCGGCCUCGGCGGCGGGCAGGGCACGGGGGGCACGGGGGCUGCCUGCCGCCGCUCACACCACCCGGCGGGCGGGCGGCGCGGCCUCCCCUCCCCUCCCGUCGCCGCCCGGCACAGCCGUGUGUCUGUCUGUCCCCCGCGGCGGCGGCGGCGGCGGCGGGGCGGGCCGGGGCCGGCGGGGCGGGCCGAGGCGAGCGGAGCGGAGCGCGCCACACGCCGCCCAGCGCGAAGAUGGCAGCGGGGGAGCCGCAAGCCAAGAAGCUCAAGCUGGAGCAAAAGCAGCUGAGUGAAAAUGUCCUGUUUGGAAUGGGAAAUCCUCUGCUUGAUAUCUGUGCAGUUGUGGACAAGGACUUCCUUGAUAAAUUUGAAGAACUUGUGAAAAGGUUCAAAGUAGAAUAUCAUGCCGGUGGUUCUACUCAAAAUUCCGUUAAAGUGGCCCAGUGGAUGAUUCAGAGCCCUUAUAAAGCUGCAACUUUCUUUGGGUGCAUUGGCAAAGAUAAAUUUGGAGAGAUCUUAAAGAAGAAGGCUGAGGAAGCUCAUGUGGAUGCCCAUUAUUACGAGCAGAGUGAAGAACCGACAGGAACCUGUGCUGCGUGCAUCACUAGUGACAACAGGUCUCUUGUAGCUAACCUCGCUGCUGCUAAUUGCUAUAAGAAGGAAAAGCAUCUUGAUUUGGAGAAGAACUGGAAGUUGGUGGAAAAGGCCAAAGUUUAUUAUAUAGCAGGGUUCUUCCUGACAGUGUCCCCAGAAGCAGUAUUAAAAGUGGCUGCUCAGGCGUCUGCAAACAACAAGAUCUUCAGCUUGAAUCUUUCUGCACCAUUUAUUAGCCAGUUCUACAAAGAGCCGAUGAUGAAAGUCAUGCCUUAUGUCGACGUCCUUUUUGGAAAUGAGACGGAAGCUGCCACUUUUGCUAGAGAGCAAGGCUUUGAGACUGAAGACAUUAAAGAGAUAGCCCGGAAGACACAAGCCCUGCCAAAGGUGAACGCUAAAAGGCAACGAAUCGUAGUCUUUACCCAGGGGAAGGAUGACACUGUAAUGGCUACAGAAAAUGAAGUGACUACUUUCCCUGUGCUGGUGAGUGAUCAGAGUGAAAUUGUGGAUACCAAUGGAGCUGGAGAUGCUUUUGUUGGAGGCUUCCUCUCGCAGCUCGUCUAUGACCGGCCAGUGACCGAGUGCAUCCGGGCUGGACAUUACGCGGCCAGCGUAAUUAUCAAGCGCUCAGGUUGCACCUUCCCAGAGAAGCCCGACUUCCACUGAUACUGGUGAAUCAGAGGGAUCAAGAGUAACUCCCAUGUUGCCGGGGGAUUGCUGCCUAAAUUUUUCCUCCUUCCCUUUCCUACCUUUCCAAUUACCUGCAUCAACGCUUCUGUACUUCUGUUCAUCGUAUUCUAAACAAAAUAUGUAUUUCUGUGGUGUUUUUCGUACCACUACAACGUCUCGGUAGUUUUAACUUUUGGAAACAGUGCUGAGUGAAGCUUAUUGUCUCAUCCACCAGGAAAUAUUGUUCUGUUUUCACAGUUUAUAAGGAAGUCCCAUGUAAGGGGCACUGCUGAUUCACACCAUUAAAAUACUUCUGUUGAAUUAUCUGGUUUGUACCCAGCUGUGGCCAAAUCCUACUCAAUUUACGUGAAAUCAACAGACCUGACUUUAUCUGUCGCUUAACGUUGUAAACCAGGAGUUGUUCUUCCUAUGCAGUGGAGCCACACUAGCGUAAGGAGCGGUGUAGGUGUCCCAGGAAAUUUCCUUACAUAUUCGAGUGUCCAAGAUCUGGCCGUCAGACCCCGCCCAGCUUCCAUGAGGGUGAAUAGCUGUUUCGUCAGUAAUUUAAGGACCCGAUCCAGAGUUGGUGUCGCGCGUUCAGUCGUCUUGCAGCGACACCAGCGGCGUUAGGACGGGCACCGUGUGAGAGCAGGGUCUGGCCACGCUACGUGCAGCGACACUCGUUCAGGUGAGCUGGCCGGUGGGUACUUCCAGGGACUGCAGGGCAGGCGCCGGAGCCGGUAGUAAACAUAAACGUUCAGGUAGAUCCUAUCUGCUCCGUGCGAGCUUUCUAGAGGCCGUAUUUAAUUAAGGUACACGUAGUGAAAAUGAGGUACAGAAAUAUUUAUGCAGGAUAUAUUGACAGGAUAUGCCAAACGGAAUCUCUGAAACGCACAUUUUUAAACUUUUAAUUUACUUUGGUUAAUUAAGCAAUAUGGUGCAUUUUGUUUGUAUUUACAGUAUUCGAAGAGGUGAUCUGACACUGCAUUCAUUACUUUGCUAUGUAAUUUGAUACUGAUAAAUAAAAAAUUGUCAUACAGUA